AUAAGCGGAAUCACUACCGCAUUUUAUCAUUUUUAUUAUAUUGUAUUAUAAUUUUAAUGUUUUCGUUGUGUGACCAGAAGUGCCGUUCGAAAAUGUAUUUGUGUGUGAUUCAAAUUGUGAAAUGAAGUUACCAGUUCGUCGCUCGUGAAACAAUUUAAUUUUAUUUCUUUACAAUUUUAUUAGUGUUACAGCUAUUAGCUACGUUAGGGGGCGGUACCGUGAUGCCAGUUCGGAAGCAAGAGGCCCACCGAGCAUUGGAACUGCUGGAAGACUACCACAGCAAACUAAUAAAACCGCAAGACCGACAACUUCGUCUUGCCAUCGAAAGAGUUAUCAGAAUUUUCAAGUCACGCCUUUUCCAAGCUCUUCUUGAUAUUCAAGAAUUUUACGAGUUAACCCUUCUAGAUGAUACCAAAUCUGUUCAGCAGAAAACUGCUGAGACAAUUCGCAUAGCAAAUAAGUGGGAAGCAGAUGGAGUCCGCCGUGAGGCGCAAUCUGGGGACCAUGAAUACAGAUCAGUUUCGAAUGCCUUUCUGCAGGACAACAAUAGAAAAUCGGACAAUCGAAAUGUUGACACGCCAGAUUCAGCGCGGGUGGGAGCCAUUCCUUCUAUCAUAUCACCAGCUGAAGAAACAGAAGAGAAGAAUGCUCACGUCUCAACACCUGAAAUGAAGCAGUUGCAGAUAAACGGGAUAGAAGGUGGUUCGGAGCGCACUGUGGGCGAGGAUGGCUACUUGUACUUAACCGUGGUGUUGUCGCGGGCGGGGGGCGCGGGGCUUGGCUUCAGCAUCGCCGGCGGCUCCGACAACCCUCACAUCGCCGACGAUCCCCACAUUUACGUCACUAAGCUUAUACCCGGUGGAGCGGCCGCUGCUAGCCAAUUGCAAAUUAAUGACGCCAUAUUACAGGUUAACGACACGUCAGUCGAAAGUGUGACGCACGCAGAAGCGGUUGAUGCAUUAAAAAAGGCUGGUAGCACAGUAAGACUGAAAAUUAGACGUCGAGCAACAGACGACGCUCUUCUAAACGUAUCACAAAUAUCAAAUAAGGAGGAAGCGGUAGAAAUAGAGUUAGUGAAAGGCGGUGCAGGGUUAGGGUUCAGCAUAGCGGGUGGCGUGGGCAACCAGCACAUACCGGGGGACAAUGGGAUAUACGUGACCAAGAUCAUGGCCGGUGGAGCUGCUCAUCGGGACGGCAGGCUGAGGGUUGGGGACAAGUUGCUGGUCGUUAAAAAUACUUCUAAAGGCGACGUAAAUUUAGACAACGUGACCCACGAAGACGCAGUGAGCGCGUUAAAAGCUUCCGGGGAACGAGUACAGCUUGUUCUCAUCCCGGGACCACGACAUGGUCAGCCAUCGCCCAGGACGUCGCGAGCUAACACACCUUCAAGUACAGCAAAUUCGCUACGACGCGAGGACGUAACAGAUAGUACCGAGGAACCCCGCGUCGUGGACAUCGAGAAAGGCCCCCAAGGCCUCGGCUUCAACAUCGUCGGCGGUGAAGACGGCCACGGGAUUUACGUAUCAUUCCUACUGGCGGGAGGCCCGGCUGAGAAGUCGGGACAACUCAGAAGAGGGGAUCGGUUAUUAGCUGUAAACGAAGUUGAUAUCACGCAAGCGACACACGAGCAAGCCGCUAAAGCUUUGAAGGGCACGGGGCAAAAUGUUAAGUUAACAGUAGUAUACAGGCCACACGAAUACAAUAAAUUUGAGGCUCGAAUCAAUGAGCUGAAACAACACCACACACUGUUAAGGACAUCCCAGAAACGAUCGCUUUACGUCAGAGCCCUCUUCGACUACGAUCCCAUUAGAGACGACGGCUUGCCGUCAAGAGGCCUGCCAUUCCGAUAUGGUGACAUAUUACACGUCACUAAUGCUUCUGAUGACGAGUGGUGGCAAGCCAGAAGGCUAGACACAACGGAUCCAGACGCCAUCGGUAUCAUUCCGUCAAAAAAACGCUGGGAGCGUAAACAACGGGCAAGGGACCGACAGGUCAAGUUCCAAGGGCAGGGCACGCCCGUCAGCACGAGUCAGUCAACGUUGGAAAGGAAAAAGAAGACGUUAUCGUUCAGCAGAAAGUUCCCAUUCAUGAAGAGCCGAGAGGACGGCAAAUCCGAAGACGGUUCGGACCAGGAGCCUUUCAUGCUUUGUUAUACUCAAGAGGACACUAACGCCGACGGGGAAAUCUUGUACCGAGUGGAACUUCCCAUGAUGGAGGAGAUAACGCUCAUUUAUCUCGAGGACGAGAGUCAAGAUGAAGCAGUUUUGUCGUACGAAACGGUGCAGCAGCUGACGAUCAAUUACACGCGACCUGUGAUAAUCCUCGGCCCGCUGAAAGACAGAAUAAAUGAUGACCUCAUAUCUGAGUUCCCCGAUAAGUUUGGAAGCUGCGUGCCUCAUACAACUCGACCUCGGCGGGACUACGAAGUCGACGGGCGUGAUUACCAUUUCGUUGGAAGCCGCGAACAAAUGGAGCGCGAUAUACAGAACCACUUGUUCAUUGAGGCUGGACAGUACAAUGAAAAUCUCUACGGGACGUCCGUUGCCUCCGUGAGAGAAGUCGCCGAGAAGGGCAAACAUUGCAUUUUGGAUGUAAGCGGAAAUGCCAUUAAGAGGUUACAAGUGGCGCAACUUUACCCUAUUGCCAUAUUUAUUAAACCAAAGAGUGUAGAAUCUAUAAUGGAAAUGACGAAGCGAAUGACCGAAGAUCAAGCGAAGAAAACGUACGAACGCGCUCUUAAGAUGGAGCAAGAAUUCGCGGAGUAUUUUACAGCGGUUGUAAGUGGCGACACCCCGGAGGAGAUCUACGCAAAAGUGAAGGCGGUGAUCACUGCGGAGAGUGGGCCCACCGUGUGGGUGCCGCGCCGCGACCCGCUGUGAGCCCCCCGUGCCAUACCCCCCACUGCCCGCGCUCCCCCCUACUUACGGUCCGAACACCGGUAUUUGACUUCCCCUAACAUAUUUUGUUGAAUAAUGUGAUAGGUUUGAGGACCGAAAACGUGAACUUGUAUUGCGUUAGUAUUAAAUUGAUCAACGCGUUGGACAAUCGCGAACGCACGAUGUUAGUAUGUUCGUUUUAGAUUUAUAUCGAAGAUUUUAUUAUGUGAUAUAAAUUCUUGACGAAGUUCGCACUAGAACUAGAUACAUUCUCAUAACAAAAUUUAAAGUAAAGAUGAAAUACGUCCUCUGCACUCAAUCGCACGGUAUAGUAGCAUUAAAAAGUCAAAUACCAAAAUAAUAUUAAAAGGACAUUGAAGAGAUUAGGCCCAAUAUUAAUAUAUCCGCGGACAAAAUUAUGUAAUACCUGAUCAAAAUGCGCUUUUAUCGGUAUUUAUUUAUGAUGCAAUGCAGUAUAUUGACAAUUAUUUCAAUUAAGUCUUGCACUUAAAUGUACUUGUCAUUAUUUAACUUUAAUCCCGCUUAAUGAUGUUUCCGCUUAAAGUUUAUUAUGAUAUGAUAGCCUAAAGUUUUUUUCCGUGACUAAAAAUUUAAAUCUUAAAGGGGCAGGAACCGAAUUUUUGACACCUAUUCAUACAAGAAUAUCCUAUUUUUACGUCAAAAAAUUUCGUUAAGUGUUAAGUAUGGAAAGAAAUAUAAGAAUCAGAAACUUUGUCCGCGGAAUACAGAAAACUAUUUAGUUUGCUGAAUCAAGUUAUAUACAUAAAUGGUUUAGCGAAUCUCCUUUCUGGCGUUCGUACUUAUAAAUAACUAACAAAACUGCGAUCAAUAAUGCACUAGACAAGCACAUAAAGUGUCCAGGUUUGUUUUAUACUUGUACUAUAUAUUUAGAUUCUCAGACAUCUAAAUAAAUUAUAACAUUUAACAUGUACUUAUUUAAAGUAACAUAUUCCUUCACUUUUAUUGUUUUUUCAGAUUUACGCAAUUAGAGUUUUCUCAAACGAAAAUACUGUGUAUUUUUCUGAUUAAAUUCUUAUUUUACACGGACAAUUUUUGAUGACUGACAGAAUAUUAUCUAGUAUUUUAUUUAUCGCAGCGUUCAAAAAGAUUGAAUCUCCGAUCCAAAACAUGCACAUCUUUGGGCCUUUCCCGGGAGAGCGAGUAACCCCAAAGUUGAUAAUUUUCAUCUAAUAAAGCAAUAUCUAGCUUUCCCUAAAAACAAAGCGUAUUACAUAGUCACUUCUUUUUAAAAUCUAUUGAUUUUACGAUUAUAUAUUUUAUAACUACCGCUUUGUAGACUUAAUAUCGGAGAUCGUUUUAGCAUAAGUUUCGUCUUUUGAAACGUUUCACGCCAACUAAAAUGGUAACCGUUUUAUAAUACCAACGCUUUCACCGUAGUAUAAUUACGCUUGUGUUUAUUGUGCAAAUCUUUAUCGUAGCGUUUAAAUCUCGCGAAAUAGAAAAUAUAAUAAAAAUAAAAGUUAUUUAUUGAGAAAUCCAGUUAAUAUGCUUCGAUUGAAAUGUAAAUGAAUUGUAUAUUGUAGAGAAAAAAAAUGAUAUUGUUCAUGUUAAUUUGUUGACUCAGAUUGCUAGAGUAAAUUGUGAAUUUUCGUCAGCAUAUUAAAAACUACUAAUUAAAAUUAUAACCCUUUAUGUACACAGAUCAUAAAAAACUUUAAAAAAAAUUCAACCGACUUCAAAUAACAUUCAGGCUUUGAGAAUUCUAUAAACACUAAACUGCUGUCAAAUUUAAGAAAUUACCUGGAUUCCCUCCCAUUGAGAUCCAUGGAAUGAUCAUCCAUCCUUCAUCUACAACCCGACAUGGUGACAAUGUGGUGGUGGUCCGCCUUGAGAGUAAACACUUUAAAGAGAUAAGAUAAUUUUGAAAAUCGGUCCAAAACGUUUGAAGGAGUGAAAACAAUUCAAAAAAUACAUUGGUAUAUAUAUAAAAAAUAUGUUAAUUGUUUUUAAAACUUUUCUUAUUGUUGGUUAACAAUA